AGCAACCACGUGAGUACAACAUAAAAACUUUGUUGCUCGGGAUUAUAGUAAAUAACAAAAAGUCUAUUAAAAAGAUUUUAUUUAAAACUUGAUUAAUUAGAGCAGUUUAAGGAUAUAAGGACAGGAUUUAAAUAUUAGACAAUGGAGGAACGGAUCGAAACCACAUAUGCGAUGGAUCAAUCAAGCUCAAUGUUUAAUAAUGUGUGCAGGAUAUGCUUACAAGACGGUGAUCUUAUGUCUGUUUAUGAUAAAUCAAUAGAUAGUGAGUUCUCUUAUGCAGAGAAAAUUGUACAAGUUGUAAAUUCAAUAAAUCUCAAAAAGAAGGGAAAUCUCCCACAGCAAAUUUGUGCAAGUUGUAUUAAUGAUCUAGAGUCUGCCUAUCGAUUUAAAAUGAAUUGUGAAUCAACAGAAGCGAUUCUUCAAACUUACAUCACACCAAAUAGUGAAGGAAGUGAGGAAAUUGAUGAACAGGAGCUUCCUGUUGAUGACUUUUACACUUACAAAUCCGAAAUAAUUGAUACAGAAAUAGUUGUUCCUGACAAUAAUGAUCACUUAGACAAAGACUUGGAUGAUGUGCUAGGAAAAUCAGAAGACAAUGAGGAGAUUAUCUCAGACUUGAUAGAUGAUAUUAAGCCACCCCCUAAAGCCAAAAAGGAAUCAACGAGAGAAAAGUCAACACGUUCAAAGCGCAACAACCAGUCAACAAUAGAUAAAGAGCAGGAACGAAUUCAUAUUUGCGAAAUAUGUGCAAAUCAGUACAAAUAUCGUCAUGCUUUAGAAGUCCACAUGAGACGGCACAAUAACAUUAAGCCUUACGAGUGUCCUGAAUGCAAACGAAGCUUUGUGAUUAGAUUCGAACUGAAACGGCAUAUGCGCGUUCACACAGGGGCAAAGCCUUAUUCCUGUCGGUUUUGUGAAAGGAAGUUCUCAGAUUUUGGAUCAAGAAUUAAGCAUGAACGAUCUCACACAGGCGAGAGGCCGUACAUUUGUCAAACGUGUGGGAAGACUUUCGCGUAUUCACAUGUUUUAAGUGGUCAUUUGUUAACGCAUACAGGAGAAAAAAGAUUUGUGUGUACAAUUUGUAAUAAAAGAUUUACAAAGUCACACCAUUUAAAGAGUCACAUGAAUACGCACCUUAAAGCUUUAAAUAAACAACAGCAACAGACUACAACUAUUCAAUUAGCGCAAGAGCCAAUAAAAGAGGAACAAGAGUUAUUAAAUGUAGUGUAUAUGUAGUAUAAAAUUGGAAUUAAUAAAAAUUGAAUUGCUUAACGAUUGAAAUU